UUUUUUCUUCUUUUUUUUUUUCCUUGCUUGUAAGAAUACACUAACUUUUCUUUGGUCAUCGCAAGUAUACGCUGCCAAACCAACAUUUUAAUGACACGCCUUUUUUUUUUUCUUUUUCAUUUUAGAAAUUUCAUUCAUGGAGUCCGUUAUAGCCCCAGUUCUUGAAAGUGUAGUAGGCGAACAUGUAGAUUGCCACAGAAACUUCCAAAAUGAUGUGGAUGAUCUCAGAAAAAGAGUGGCAGUUCUAAAACGCAGAAGAAAUGAUAGAGUAGCAGAACUACAAAUAGUGGAUGACUUGGAAAAACAAGUUAAAGAAGAAGUGGAGGGAUGGCUUGAAGAUGCAAGGAAGGUCAUUGAAAUUGAAAUGCCAGAAAUUGAAGAACAGGUGCAGAAUGUUUCAUACUUAUCACGUGGUAACCUUGGAAGACGUGUUCGUCAAAAGAUUCAAGAAGUGAGGGAAAUUUACGAUCGAGGUAGUUUCCCUCAAGGUCUUGUAAUUGAAAGGUCUCCAGCUAUUGGAAUCACUUUGCCAAUAGAGAAUAUGGUGGGCGAGGUCAAUGUGAAGGAAAAAAUUUGGGAAUACUUAAUGGGUCACGAGGUUGGAAUUAUUGGAGUUUGUGGAAUUGGUGGAGUUGGCAAAACCACUGUUAUGAAAUACAUCCAUAAUGAAUUACUAAAUGAGGCUGGCAGGUUUGAGAAGGUCGUCUGGGUUACAGUAUCACAUCCUCUCAACGUUUUCAGAUUGCAAGAUGACAUUGCUAGGGCAAUGAACACAAGUCUUUCAGAUUGGUGGGAUGAAUUGAACCGGGCAUCAAGACUUAUGAAGGUUAUGAAAAAAGUUAAAUAUGCACUGAUCUUAGAUGAUGUGUGGGAUAAAUUUACUCUUCAAAGAAUUGGAAUCCCUGAACCAACAAUGGAAAAUGGGUGUAAAAUUGUUAUUACUAGCAGAUCGAUUGAUGUAUGCAACUACUUGAGAUGUGAGGUAGUUAAAGUACCACCUCUACCAGAGGAAGAGUCUUUGAACUUGUUUUUAGAUAUGGUUGGGCAAGAUGUUCUACGAAUUCCCAAUUUGGAAGAUAUUUUGAAGUUUAUGGUGGCUGAAUGCGCUGGUUUGCCAUUGGCCAUUGUUGUCAUUGCGGGGAGCAUGAGAGGAGUACAAGAUAUUUCUGAGUGGAGAGAUGCAUUACGUGAAUUGCGUCAGUGUAUGGUGGACACAGAGACAGAUUCAGAAGAUGAGAUAUUUAAUCGUUUGAAGUUCAGUUAUGACCGUCAACCAAAAAAUUCAAGCAUCCAAGAGUGUUUCUUAUAUUGCUCAUUAACUGGCAUUGAGGUUCUACCUAAUUCCAUAUGUAACUUGGAAUGUCUCACUGCAUUGAUCCUCUGUGGAUGUGAGUGUUUAGAACGCAUGCCUUCCUUGUCAAAGCUUAAAGCACUGAAGAAGUUGGAUUUGGAUGGAGUAGGCCUUCGUGAGACUCCUGAAGGCAUUGAAAUGUUAGAAAAUCUGGAAUAUCUUGAUUUAUCUUGUCCCAACCUGAGGGUGCUACCAAGAGGAAAAAUCAGUAAGCUCUUCCGCCUCCAAUACCUACGUAUUGUUUCAACUGAAAUAAGAGGAGAAGAAGAAGUUGUAGGAUUGAAGAUGCUGGAAUGGUUUGAAGGUAGAUUUGAUUGGCUGAAAGACUUCAGCAGUUUUGUUAGCAAGUUGAACCAUUUUGGAAGACCCAGUCAUUACUUUAUCAAAGUGGGAGGCGCAGACAAAGGUGAGGGGCAUUGGAAGUUCAACAAUAAUGAUCUUCCUAAACAGGUAAUUUUAAUUGCAUGUGAGAUAGGAGAAAAAGAUGAGUUUGUCCUUCCAGAUGACCUUCAGGAUUUGAGGAUUGAAUCCUGCAAUGCGGUCGGUGAUAUUUCGAUUUUUCAGAAAGAUCCUACUCAAUUGCGAACUUGUGCUUUGAAAUACUGCCAAGGGAUAGUGUGUGUGGUCUCUUUGUCAUCAUCUUCAUCUACUUCCUUGACAGUUAUGAAUAACCUUGAAGUACUAACUCUUGAGCGUUUGCCUCACUUGCGGAAUGUUGUGCAAGUGGAAAAAACAAGAGCAUCGCUUGCACCGACAAUAUGCCCUCACAACUUUUCCAAUCUUAAACAGCUGAGGGUAUACAAUUGUUUAAAAUUGAAGAAGCUUUUUCCAUGUGAGCUGCUGCAGGGUCAUGGCCUCCAAAACUUGGAGCUGAUUGAUGUGAAGGAUUGUGAGGGGAUGGAGGAAAUAAUAGGAUGGGAAAAAGAAGAGGAAGGAAAUCAAACAACUACUCCAAUAUUGAUCACUCUUCCAAAAUUAAGGACAUUGAAGUUGAAUUUCCUAUCAGAAUUGAAGAGAAUCUGGCCCGAAGGAAGAGUAAUGGCUUGUGAAUCUCUCAAUAGCAUCAAUAUAUCUUUUUGUCCGAAGGUAAAGAGGAUUCCCCUUUGUCUUGGAAGGGAAAACGCGCAACCAUCUCUUCUUGAUGGCAAAUUUAUCUAUAUUGACAAUCCAAAAGAAUGGUGGGAAUCGUUGGAGUGGGAGAAUCCUGACGAGAUUGUCCUCGUACCUUUCCUCAAAUAUUAUGAGCGCGGCCCUUCACUGUCUUUCCUCCUGCUUUCAGAUUGUGCUUUCUUCUGUGCUAGCUGCCUCUACCUUCCCAUUCUACACUGGAUCUUCACGUUCAUGAUUGCAAAGAGUAAUAGCAUAGAAAAAAGAGGAAGGAAAUCAGACAAUGGAUGGAAGAGCUACAUUCACUCUUCCAAAAUUAACCUACUUUGGGACUUACAUGACGAAACAGAAUCGAAGAUAAUUUGCUUGAGCAAUGGAUUUAAUUUGGUCUUUUCUCCAAUGUUGUCAUUAAUGGAUGUCAUGGCUGUUAUUUGUUUACCUGAUCAUUGGUACCAUGUUUUCUCCAUGUUGGCUGAGGGACUCUCUAACCUUAUGGCAGCAAGUUUGCUUGAAGAAUUGGCCAUUGGGGAUUUCAUUGUACAAGGAUGAGAUUACUGGAGGUUAUAUGAAUGUAUAUGUUAGUUGGUAUAAAAAUUAGCCCUUUUAUUUUCCUGGUGCUUUGGGUAUGGUGUAAUUGGAUAACUGUCCUUUUGCUAUUGAAGUACCUGCUGGUUCCUCAAUACGGUACAAUGCAGCUGUGCUGUGGAGUCGAAUCCUCUUUAGAGUUGGCAGAAAGGAAUUCGCCUUUGUUUCAAUAAAUAUAAUUGAAAUAG